CCCGCCGAUCUCUUUUACGAGCGCGGACGGCGCUCCCACUAUCAAUUCUACACUCAGUUUAAAUAACUUCUUUCCAUUGAAGUGCUUGGGAUAUCUCCUCGGGAACGGAUUCAAUCCUCAGACACCACCCCGACCUCUCCUCAUACCCGGCUUUUCUUGAAAUAAGGAGAUGUCUGGCAUACUCUGCACCUGGGCAAAUCUGCCAGCGGACGCCACGGAAUGGUACGAGAACGAAUGGGUCCCAGAGACGUGCUCUCAUGGCGCCCAACACGCCCUACAUUGCGAAUUGACACCAAACGGGAUGGAGACCGAACCCACGGGGACGCUAGAUUCACCAUGGGGUUCAUUCAUAGUCUACGAAAUUCCCAAGAUACACAAAGCUACUGAGGAUUUGAACAAGGAGAGAUAUCGCCCAUCAGACAAGUUGCUAGCCGGACCCCUGAAAGAUGCGCGUUUUGAUGUACGAACGUACCAUGAAAUCCAGAGAUGGCAAGCGGAGGAUUGGGAAGGCGAUAUUGCAGACAUCGCGAGCGUAGCAGCAAUGGAAUGGCGCGUUUCCCCCGAGGUGGAGGAGGAUGUGGUUCACUUCUAUAAAACCGUAGUCGGCCCUACGAUAUCUAGCUCACAAGAUGUUCUACGGUUUCGAUUUUUCAAAAUUGAUACUGCAACGGUCCUGCAGGGCAGCUCAUAUGUCACCAAGGAAAAGGGUGCAUUGUACACUUACUUUACCUUGGUCGAGCUAGAGUCGGAUGAGUGGCCUUGGGAUGCGGUAGUUGAUCUUGCUGAGAAUCAGAAAUGGAAUGCUUAUUUCGAGCAGCAGAACACCGUGAAAUGGCAGGUUAGCCAUUAUCUGGUGAAGAAGACGUCUACGGCAAAAGCGAAGGCUUAAGGCUCGAAUGCAGAUGGUGGGGUAGAGCUUGACAUUCAUACAGGGCUGUGCCAUGCAGUACAAGCACAACAAUGACAAAGCUCUUUAUUGAGAUCUAUCACUAUAUUGAUUGUGCGGUCUU